AUGGCGCCCUUAUCGCGAGUUAUUAGUAGCUUUUGUUCAGUUGCUCUGCUUGUCAGCCAAUCCGUCAUUGUUCAAGCGCGACCAGCUCCGACAGUCAAGCACCUUCUCGCCCCUCGGGACGGUCUCGCCAACACCACUAGCGUCGGGCCACAGCCGUUUUAUGCCAUCGCCCAUCGGGUGCUAACGGUACAGGGCAUUAAGGAUGCCCUUAGCCAUAACGCCAAUGCUGUGGAAAUUGACAUGACGGCGACGCAGGAGGGUUGGUGGGCGAACCACGAUGGGUUUGAAUGGACCAAAGGGGACACUGCACAAGCGAUGUUCGAAACUAUUGCGGAGGAGCGGAAGGCCGGCAAGACCCUGAACUUUGUGUGGCUUGACAUUAAGACCCCGGACAUGUGCGACCCUUUGGAUAACAACCAGCAACACUGCUCAAUCAGCGGGCUGCGGGACCUGGCACGACAGUACCUAGAACCUCAGGGUGUGCGGGUGCUCUUUGGCUUUUAUAAGACCAGUCCCAUUGGAUACCAUUCUAUCCUCGAAAGCUUGAACUCCAAUGAGGCCAUGAACCUGGAUGGCAAGGCUUUAGCUGUACAGCAGGAGUUCGAAAGCAGUGGACCAGCCAAGCGCCAACGCGUUUAUUCAUACGGCUUUGACUUCCUUCCAAUCCAAUUCGGCGAUUGCACAGAAAGCCGCUUCUUUACGUGCACCGAGUUGCGUCAAGGCGCCGCGUCUGGCCAGUUUGGCAAGGUGUUUGGGUGGACGAGCAAGCAGGGUGAGACCUCUUACGUUGACAAGUUGUUGGGAGUUGCGGGUGUUGACGGCCUCAUUUAUGGCUAUGCGGCAACGAACUAUGCCGAUACUGACCACACCCGUUCCGCGUCUCAAGAUGUCCUUAGCUGGGUUGCCAACCACAAAGACCGUCGCUACCUUGCCACUCAGAAUGACAACCCAUGGUAG